AUGUCCUCCGGCGUGCCCGCCCGCUUCUGGGGCGCCCCGAUCCGGUACCUGCGCUGGGCCGCGCACGAGAAGCCCGCCAUCUUCUGGAGUUGCAUUCUGGGAGGCCUGGGACCUGCGAGUUUCGCGAUCAUUCCACCGCUGCGUCGCUGGGUUGGGGAUGAGGAUCCGCCGCGGAUUCCGUUGACAUAUCCUGGUACGUAUGACACGAGCGUUUGA